AUGAUAAUGCAAGUAUUAUUAUGGACUAUAACAGUUUCAAAUGACUUCUGGACAGUCCACGUACCUAAUCUCAUCAUCACGCCCCUCCUCUUACACACUGAUAAGUCUUUUGUGUCGGGAUGGCUUAACUUUUGUUGUUUCCUAAUCCUAGCCCUAGCACUCGCCAACUGCUCGAAAUGGUGUAAGAAAAAGUCAAAAAGUGGAAAAAUCAAGAAGACUCAAAAAACCAUCGGUACGACGAUUGGUAUUAGAUCGGGAGCAACGACGGGUGGUAACACUGGCACUGCAAUGGGCGAUCAUAAGAAUUCUGGUUAUCCAGUUGGAGAAUCUGAUCAAUCGGACACAAAAGCGUCGGCGAUAUCAACGUAUGCUGACGCGAAGAACGCCGAUGGAGCGGCGGUCGAAGGAGGUGGAAAGGGCGGAGCUAAAGCGCCGAAGAAGGUCAAGAAGGGGAAGACGACGUCGGAAGAUCAGGAUGAGAAGGAUGCGAAGAAGACGGCGACAAAGGAUGAGACUAAGGCCGAAGUCGAGUACAACCACGAGAACACGCUUCGCAUCGAGAUGGUCGACGACGAUCACACGAAGACGACGACAGUCGAUCAGUCGGCAUGCCUCGACGCCUACGACGUUGCCAAUAAUGAGCUCGUCAAGCGACCCUCCCAAAUCAACGCCAAACAGCAAUCGGACAAGGGCAAGGGCAAAGACAAGGGCAAAAAGAAGAAGAAGAACACGACGGUGCAGAGUGUCGAUUGUGGACCACCACCGGCUGAUGAUAAGGCCGCCAAGAAAUCGGGAAAAGUGACGAAAUCGAAAAAAUCGAAGAAAUCCAAAAAAUCCAAAAAAUCGCAACGGUCUCAACGUGGCAAUCAACCGGCGUCUGGUCCGGAGAAGCAACAGGAGUCGGGUCCCAACGAGAAGAAGAUGCGAACCGCCGACGAUGGCGAAUCGGAUCAGCAGAAGGAGAAGGAUCACGCGAAACACGAGAAGAAGACGCAGGGGGAGUCGUUGAGAAAGGACGACGUCAAGGAGUAG